GGAGCGGACUGCGGCCCCUCGGGAUACCGCCUUUUUUAGAUGGAGGUUUUAAAACGUGCACCUUGCUUCAGGAGAAUAUGCCAGUGGGCAUCUUUGCUCAAACCCCUUUUGAGGAAUAGAUUCAUGAGAACAAGAAUUCCAAAGUACAAAGGAAAGGAAUACGAGAUGCAAUAAAAAGAAAUUUUAUAAAUUAGUCCGUUUGACUAGUAGAAAUUUCAUUUUUCAAGUUUUAAUUGAGGGUGAAAAUUUUAAUUGCUCCAAGUGAAAUUCUGUUUAGUGUGACUGGAAGAAAGCUUAGCACAACUAUAUUAAGGCCAGUAUAAUGGUACAGAAGCUCGAAAGACUCUCUUUAAUAAAGAAAGCGGUUAUAAAAUUCACAAAAAAAUAAACACUAAUACAAAUAGAAUACAACAUCAAUAAAUUUCUUGCCAGAAUUCUGAGUGAUAUGGGUAAGAGGAUAUCUUACGAUUUUGUAAUGAAGAGGGAAAAAAAGACAAAGAAACAACUACCGAAAUUAAAAGUAAACGAAUCUAAUUUACCUAACACAUUUGUUUUUCACCUUAAUGAAAUAAGUAAAAACGCUAGAAUACUCGAAAAAAAUCUUAAAUAUGUUAUGGAGCCUUAUACUGCUACCAGACUGAAAGUUAAACGCCGUAAUAAUCUUAAAGACUUUAUAGCUGUUUCCGGCCCUUUAAACAUUACACACUUCUUAAUAUUAUCAGAAACCAUGAACAGUGUGAAUCUGCGCAUUUCUCGCGUACCUCGGGGGCCCACAUUGACUUUUGCAAUUAAAGAAUAUUCUUUAAACUCUGAAAUUUGGGCAUUAAGCAAGCGACCGUUUGUCCCUUAUAAAGAACAUUUAAAUUCUGCUUUAUUGAUCCUUAAUAAUUUUGACCGAUCGAAAUUUGAACACAAGUUGCUUACGGCCUUUUUUCAGAACUUGUUCCCUCCAGUUGAUGUUAAAAAUGUACGUCUUAAAAAUUUGAAAAGAUGCGUUUUAUUUGAUUACCAUAAAGACGGAGAUGUAAUUUAUUUUCGACACUAUGCAAUAUCUGUAAAGCCAAGCGGGAUAAACCGUUCCGUCAAAAAAGUUGCUGUACAGUCCAGAGUACCUGAUCUGAGCCGCUUUAACGACAUUUCUAACUUUAUACAAGACUCUGGUGUAUUUUCUGAUAGCGAGGUAGAAGAUGAAGACGCCAAAGUGGCGCUCCCACAAACCCUCCAUGGAACGGGCAACCAGAAGAGUGAGGUAUCGGCCGUUGGGCUAAAGGAGAUCGGCCCACGGCUGACGCUGCAUCUGUUGAAAAUUGUACAGGGAGUCUCUGAGGGCGACGUCCUUUACCACAGUUUACAGCACAAAUCGGAAGAAGAAACUCAGCGCAUUAAGAGGAGGUUGGCUGAAAAGAAAUUGUUGAAGGCUAAGCGCCGGCGUGAGCAAGAAAGAAAUGUGGAGCUGAAGAGAAAGCAGAAAUUAGCGAGUCAAAGUAAAGACCCUUCAAAUAACGAUGCGAUUGUUUAGCAUUCUGCCUUGGCUUUGUGUCUUUAAAACUUAUAAAAAUGGCUUAUUAAAACUCUAAGCGUGUAUACGUUAUUGUUACUAACUUAUUACAUGUUAUGGAAGUUUAAUAAAGAAGAAAAAUUCUUUGUACUGGACUUCUGCUUUUAUUUAGUCCUCUAAGCAGCCUGCUAGAAAUCUCAAUCCUUCGGGAAUUUUAUUUGUCAGUUUUUUUCGGUUGGCAAGUUUUCGCACGGCUUUUGCUGCCAAACAAGUUAGCGAUCUAAAAAAAAAACUAUAGAGCGAGCGAGAAGCUCUUGUGCAGGCGUACAAUUAUUAAGCAUUAGUUGUGCGCAAGUGACUUCUUUCCUAAUCGAGGCUCCCACUGAAAGCAAAAGCUCUAACAAUUCGAGGUACCCUAAGGUAUUAUGUUAGUACUCAUUUAAGUGUUACUGCAAAGUAAUAAUAGGUCAUUGUUCAGUGAUUACCAUUUUUUGUUGCUAUGUUUACUAAAGAUUCGUUUUCUUUGUUUACUAGAUCUACAUCUGCCCCUCUUGCGACUAAUUCUUCGACACAUAAUAUAUUAUUAUUGUGCACUGCGCAGGUUAAGGCGGAUUCUAAGUCCUCAUCUACUAAGUUAAUCUCGGCUCCCGAUCUAACUAAUAACUUAACAAAGUUAUUAUAUCAGCUAGCACCAAAUGGAUGCUAGCAUUAGCGCGGUUACGCCGUGAUAGUUUCUUUGGUUGACUACGGCUCCGUUAUCGAUCAAGAUCGAAGCAACCUCUGUGUCUCCGUUUUUGGAUGCCUCUUGAAGGGCUGUUUGUCCUCGAGAGCUACGAAGUUCAGAGUUUAUGCUCUAAUAAUGACUUUUUAAAGUGGUUUUAAACCUUUUUGCAUCUACAUACUCUCCACUUUUCAGCAGCAAUUCUACAAAUUUGGACCCAAAGAAGUUGCUAUAAUAAGUGCUGGCGUAGUGCCGAUAUCAAACUUUUGUAUCAUCUUCUCGCUAUACAGUUUAAAGUCUUCACAUGGUAAGCAGAAUAAUGGAUUUGAGCAAACAAAAGGUUCUGAAAAAAAAAAUAAUGUAACACAGUGUAUACCAAAGUAAAGUCUUCGUUAAGUUU